UAAGAAAAUAAAUGUUUUUCUUCCUAAAAUGCAAAUAAUUUAGCAUUCCUUUAGUAUGGGUUGGUCAUGUGUCGAACUUUAAGCAAAUUCCAUGUUUUCAGAGUUUUUAUAAAACAGUUAAUGAUUACUUGAUUACUAAAUUAGUUGACAAUUAUUUCAGUAAUCAAUUAAUCAUGAUUCAUGCAAUUAAUUGUUCCAGCCCGACUUUCAAAUAUAGCAUUUUUAAAAGAUGCCAGACAGACUCAGAAUCUGUUCUUUGAUAGAUGCACUAGAAUCUGUCAGAAACUUACAGUAUCUAUACUUUUCCUUUCUCUUCACAAUUAUAAGCUAAUUUAUGUUUUUAUCCUUUUAUAGGCAUCUAUACUUGAAAGAAUUUUGCUGAGGCACGUUCUGUCUUUUACGGGGUGGGUUUUUUCAGUACAUUGACAUUUAGCGCUGUCACUUCUGUACAAAUUCUGUCUUGGCUUCUUGUGCAUUGUCUGAAGUGUGAAGCCAUGGUAACAGCACAAGCCUCACAACCUCAGUCUACCUUAGUGCUGGGUAACUGUCACUCCCAUGGGUGGAAGAUAGCAGAGCUGCUGUUUCUUUGUAAUAUCUGCCAGAGAUCUUGGAGCGUGGAGGUCGAGUGUGUGUGUGUGUGUGUAUGUGGGUUGGGCAGAGCAGAAAGUUUAACCACAAGUUUGAGGGAAAGUUUCUUCACCAUUGGAGGAAAAUACCUGAAUUAGCAUUCAGACAUUUGCCACCAUGGAGUCUAUGAAGACUGAAGGAUCUCAUCCGGUCUACAGCCGCUGGUCGUACAGACCUUCCAGCUCUACCAGCUUCUCUUCCAACUCCACAUCCAGUGGCAUUGAAGAUGACGGCAGCAGUUUAAUGCAACAGAAGCUGGAAAGACAGCGGGCGCUGCUGGAGCAGAAGCAGCGGCGGAAACGACAGGAGCCCAUGAUGGUCCAGCCCAACACCGAGAAUCGGCCCCGCCGCAACAGGACCCAGCACUGCGAUGAGCAGGACCCACUGGUGGAGUCUCAACUCUGCGUCAGCAACGAUGUCAUCCUUGAUGGUAUUGAUGGACCGGCAGCUUUCCUGGGAUCAGAAGCCGGCGAUCUGGGAACGAAAAUCCAAGUUCGGUCAGUGAGCAAGCCCUCGUCGCCGCAGCCCCGCCAUCAGUCUCCGCCUCAGCCGCAGAGUCCUGCAGCCGAAGAAACGGAACAAGACGGCGACACCGCCACUCUGCUGGAGCCCAAGGCAGACAUCCACCAGCUGCUACAGAAAGAAGGUCUGUGUGGAAGCAUGAACUUUGAUGAAGCCAGCGAACACGGAGACGAGGCAAAUGAGGAACGGACGGGUUCUCUGUUCUCCAACGCCGACGCACUCAGACCCGCAUCGGCUUCCAGUGGCAAAAACAUUCCUGAGGCAGUAAUUCCCGGAUCACUUUCUGCAGAAAGUGUCCUUGCAGAUGCUGCCAACCUGGAGGAGUUUGUGCUGCUGCCGGCUCCUCGUGGCGUCAUCUUUAAAUGCAGGAUUACUCGGGACAAGAAGGGCAUGGACCGUGGCCUCUACCCCACCUACUAUAUGCACAUGGAGCGAGACGAAGAAAGAAAGGCGUUUUUGUUGGCUGGAAGAAAGAGAAAGAAGAGCAAAACAUCCAACUACUUGAUUUCAGUGGAUGCCACGGAUCUGUCACGAGACGGAGAGAGCUUCAUCGGCAAACUGAGGUCCAACUACACGGGCACUAAAUUCACAGUGUACGACAACGGCAUCAAUCCUGGCAAAAACCUCGGGACGCUGCUGGAAGAAAGCAACACACGACAGGAGCUGGCUGCAAUCUGCUAUGAUACCAACCUGCUGGGAUUCAAGGGGCCACGUAAAAUGACCGUUGUCCUUCCAGGGAUGAACAUGAACCAUGAGCGGAUCCCUGUAAGGCCUCAAAAUGAACAAGAGAGCCUGGUGAACAGGUGGCAGAGCAACGUGAUGGAAAACCUGAUUGAGUUGCACAACAAGGCCCCCGUUUGGAACGAAGACACCCAGUCUUAUGUUCUGAACUUCCACGGUCGCGUAACACAAGCUUCAGUGAAAAACUUCCAGAUAGUACACGACAACGACCCUGACUACAUCAUUAUGCAGUUUGGAAGAGUUGCCGAAGACAUCUUCACCCUUGACUACAACUAUCCCAUGUGUGCUCUUCAAGCUUUUGCCAUUGGUCUGUCGAGCUUUGACAACAAGCUGGCCUGUGAGUAAUGGGAGGGUGUCCUGCAAGCAAACCACCUGGUGUGUUUCACUCGUCUUUCUUUUUGUUUUUCAUGCUGUAAAAUAGCUUUACACGGGUAGUUUCAUAUGAUUUGAACCAUCUGUGUUCAGCUGCUGUUAAUAUGUAAAAAAUGUACAGGCUACAGGAGAAAACUCAUUCCAUCUUAUGAGACACCAUGUACAAGAAGAGCUGAUGUCAUGCUUAUAACCUCAUGUAAAGAUAUAUGAACUGAUCUUUCGUUUCUGGUUCUGUUUUACUCUAUUUAAUCAUGUUUCCUCUGGCGCCAUCUGCAGGUACAAAGUUUAAUCCCCUAAAUAGAAGAGUGGUCAGUUAUUUUUUGUUUGCUUUUAUAUUGUUUACAAAUUCAAACAUUAUAAUUAAUAUUAUUAUUACCACCUAUUUUAAUCCCCCCCCCCCCACUGUGUCUAAAGUGCAUUUCUACGCAUGGAUGUUUUAUUUUUGUGACUGAAAUGUUAGUCUUGGCGUCACAAACACCUAAAUGCAACAUUGCACAUUUUAAAACAUACAAUACACAUGAAUAGUUUUUGUGUUGUUUUUUUUUUUUUUUGGAUUGAUUUACACCUUUAAACAGAAUAGACUAUAAAGACAAUAUUUUUUUUAUUAUUCCUGUUAAAACACUGGUGAGCUGUUAUUUUGGUGAACAGAUGCACAAACUGUGAUUUUUUUUAUUUUGUAUUAAUUAGAAAAGCCAAACAGAAGUUAAAUGAAAAUUUCUACUGCCCAUAUAUAAUUUCUCUCUACAUGGUAAUCAGCCAUGUGUAGGUGCCUCACUUAUUUCUGAAAAAGAAAUAAGAAUUUCACACAAAUCCACAAAGAUUAUCGAAACUACACAUACAGGCUCAAAUAUAUACAUACAUCUUGACUUCAUAUUUGACCGCUCUGCUCAGCAGAAUUUUAAGUUUACUUUAAAUGGCUAAUUAGUCAAGACUAAUUUAGCUAAUAUUAUUGGGGUGUACAGUUACAGUAUAUUUGAGCAUAUAUUUACAAUUUUAAUCGUGGACCACAGAAGACUUUUUAAGAAGUUCAAACUUUAAUUCUUUGUUUAAAAAAUGUUAGGUCUAUAUUGUAUUAUUCUCUCCUGAAAUAAUGUCUCAAAUGGCCUACUGGAACUCUCCACCUCUUACACUCCUCAUGUGCUACAUAGUUUGUUACAAAUAUUUCAAAAAUCCCUUUUGUCCAAACUCUCUAAAUGGUGGAUUGUGCAAUAAACUGUUGGAAGAAUAUAGAUUUCCAUAAAAAUUUACAAUCAUGUUUCUCUGUUCCUGCAAAGUGAGUUUAGUGAAACAUUUUCCAGUCUGAAAUAUUUGACAAACGCAGUCAGAUGUACGGUUUUAUUAGAACCAAUGCAAAUAUAACAAUUGCUCAAUUCCUGUUUUUAUAUUAUGUGUGAAAAAGAAUUUUAUUGACUGAAAACUUUUCAGAAACAUUUCAAUUUGAUUCUGGAGAAUUUGAAAAGGAAACUCAAAAGUGCUUAUUUCCACUGAUGUACGGUCUUUUAAAGAAGACAAAAUAAAGAACUUGUAAAAACAAA